GAUCUUGGCGUGAAAAACAAUGCUCCCCCCCUCGCUCUAACAUACUUUUUAUUGGAUUGUCUCCGACUAGCAACAGUAUUAUUCUGGGCUUGCGGUCGUUGUCCUUUCAACAGGCAAUUUAUUGACGUUCUGCUGCCCAUCUAA